AUGGUAAUAUUUGUCAAACGAAUUGAUUUGCCUGAGCCUAAAGAUGGAGUGUGUACUCCUCUCCCUGAAUACUUAAUUCAAAAUAAAGUUCCUCUGACCCUUUGCUGUUAUGGAACGAUUCCAAGUGAGGUUAUUCAAGUAAAAUUAGUUUUGAGUAUUCUAGAAGUGUAUCCUCAAGCUGUUUUUCUAGACGUUGGUUCCAAUACAGGGUUCUUCAGUUUACCUGCUGCUCAACGGGGCAGUAAAGUUGUUGCUGUGGAUGCUGUUUACAAGAAUAUGGUAUUUCUCCACAAAAGCGCUGUUUUGAACGGGGUAGAAAACAAGAUUAUUAUGGUGAAUAAUGCAAUCAGGAAUAAGGGAAUAGGGUUAAAGCAUUUUCAUAACAGCACAUUUGUUUAUUUAUAUUAG